AUGGCCACAGCAGACGGCGGCGCGUACAGCUACUCCCUCACCGUCUUCUCCCCAAGCGGCAAGCUCGUCCAGAUCGAGCACGCCCUCGCGGCCGUCUCCUCGGGCACCACCUCUCUGGGAAUCAAGGCGUCCAAUGGGAUCGUGAUCGCCACCGAGAAGAAGUCGUCCUCCCUGCUCAUCGACGACUCGAUGAUCGAAAAGGUGUCCAUCGUCUGCCCGAACAUCGGCAUCGUCUACUCGGGCAUGGGCCCCGACUUCCGCGUCCUCGUCGCCAAGGCGCGCAAGAGCGCGCAGGCGUACUGGAAGAUCUAUGGCGAGUACCCGCCCACAAAGGUCCUCACCCAGGAGAUCGCGAAUAUCUUCCAGCAGGCCACACAAUCAGGAGGUGUGCGCCCAUAUGGGGUUUCACUGCUUGUCGCGGGCUGGGAUAUCACACGGGGGCCAAGUCUGUACCAAGUCGACCCCUCGGGUUCGUUCUGGGCCUGGAAGGCGAGCGCGAUUGGCAAGAACAUGGUGAACGCGAAGACGUUUUUGGAGAAGCGGUACAACGACGACAUUAGCCUCGAAGACGCCAUCCACACGGCGCUCCUCACGCUCAAGGAAGGCUUCGAGGGCCACAUGACGGAGAAGACGAUUGAGAUCGGAGUGGUCACAGUUCCUAGCGAUGCGGACCUUGCUGCGGGAAAGAUCGAGGGGACGGGGCGGGUAAAACCGACAUUCCGGAAGCUGACGGAAGAGGAGGUACGAGACUACCUUGCGAUGUGA